CCCACAGUCCCCGCCCCGCUCUUUGUCGCCGCUCGGCCUCCUGCUCCCCGCUCCCCGUGCCUGCCCACCCGGUGUCGAUGUCGAUGGUUUGAGUCCGGGCGGGCGCCAUGAACCUCGCGAGCCAGAGCGGGGAGACGUCCUCGGGAUUACUCUUCGCCAACUUCAACCAGGACUACACGUCCCUGGCCGUGGGCUCCAAGUCAGGUUACAAGCUCUUCUCUCUCAACUCCGUGGACAAGCUCGAGCAGAUUUACGAGAGCACCGACACGGAGGAUGUGUGCAUCGUGGAGCGCCUCUUCUCCAGCAGCCUUGUGGCCAUCGUGAGCCUGUCGGCGCCGCGCAAGCUCAAGGUGUGCCACUUCAAGAAGGGAACGGAGAUCUGCAACUACAGCUACUCCAACACCAUCCUCGCCGUGAAGCUCAACCGGCAGCGACUCAUCGUGUGCCUGGAGGAAAGCCUCUACAUCCACAAUAUCCGUGACAUGAAGGUGUUGCACACGAUCCGCGACACGCCAGCAAACCCCGCUGGUCUGUGCGCGCUGUCCAUCAGCAACGACAACUGCUACCUGGCCUACCCUGGCAGCGCCACCAUCGGCGAGGCCCAAGUCUUCGACACGAUUAACCUGCGCGCCGUCACGAUGAUCCCUGCGCACGACAGCCCGCUCGCCGCCAUGGCCUUCGACUGCACGGGCACCAAACUCGCGACCGCCUCCGAGAAGGGCACGGUGAUCCGAGUCUUCAACAUCCCCGACGGGCAGAAGAUAUUCGAGUUCCGCCGGGGAGUGAAACGGUGCGUCACGAUCUGCUCGCUCGCCUUCUCGACGGACUCCGUCUUCCUGUCGGCGUCGAGCAACACGGAGACGGUGCACAUCUUCAAGCUGGAGAGCCCCAAGGAGAAGUCCGGGCCGCCCGAAGAGCCGACAACGUGGUCUGGCUACCUGGGCAAGGUGCUCAUGGCCUCCACGACGUACCUGCCGGCCCAGGUGUCCGAGAUGUUCAACCAGGGCCGCGCCUUCGCCACUGUACGGCUGCCCUUCUCGGGACACAAGAACGUCUGCUCGCUCGCCACGGUGCAGAAGCUGCCGCGGCUGCUGGUGGCGUCGUCGGAUGGCUACCUCUACAUCUACAACGUUGACCCGCAGGACGGCGGCGAGUGCACGCUCAUGAAGCAGCACAAGCUGGACGGCGGCGUCGAGGGCUCUGGGAGCGACAUCCUGGAGCCCCCGGACAAGGCGACGGCGCCGCAGUCGUAUGCGGCCACCGUGUCCAAGCCGUCCUCCUCCAGCUCGCCCGCGCGCCAAGGCUCCGCCGGUUCCACCGGUUCGGGUGGCUUUGGCGGCGGUGCCGGCGCCGGAAUCUACGUGGAGGAGCACGGGGCGGUGGGCGGCUCGUGCACCAUGCCGGAGGAGGAGCUGGCGCACGACAACCUCAAUCUGGACGACGACAGCGAGUUCCCGCCCAUCGUGCAGCAGAGCGACUGAGGGCCGUGAUCCGCGCCACUACUCGCUCACGGCCACCGCCGCCGCUGCCGCCCGGCACAGGCGGUUGCGGCACCGACGCACCCCACCCUCACUCCCUCGAUCCCUACCCCCCCGCCCCCUCCGUGUUUACCGCCCACCGCCGUCGUCGGUUUGAAGGUCUCGCCGACCCUCGGCGAGGCCACAAGUUACGGCGGCGAGCAGCGUUGAGGUUGUUUUGAACGCAGGUGGUGGCCACGUGCUGCGUGCUUACGCCACGUGGCGCGUGUUUGCGCGGGACGUGGCAGUGGUGAACCCCGUCAAGCUGUGGCGGUCGCGUGGGAAGAGAGGGAGGGGGGAGGGGGGCGAAGGCAGUUCGAACCUCACAUUUCUCUUCCAGCCCAUCUAAGUUCAGGACGACUGCUGUAGGGCAGUGGGAUUACGGCCUCCACUGCAGUGGCCACCAGGGGAACGUACACUACAGCCGUGCCGCCACCGCCACGCACGACUUCGAUAUAGAGGAGUGUGUAUAUUACUAUAAUACGUCAGUCGUAUCCUGUGUUGUGCGUUACCUCCUCACUCUGUGCACGUGAUCGAGUCCCCGUUUGUUGCUCUCUCCCCUUCUGCUCUCGUUGCUCUAAUUGUUGAGCUGGGGGGGGGGGGGGGUUGGUGGUCAUUGGGGUAGGGCGGUCCGGUCCUGGUUUUCCAGGUGCCGCACGCUUUCAUACGUAGCACAAUCCCGCUCGGUGUCGGGAAAACGGUAGCACACCCCCCCCCCCCUCCCCACGUGGUGUGGGCUGUCCAGAAUACCCGGGCUGGACAAGUGUACAGAUACUGUCGGUUGUAAGGCGACCGCCAGACGAUGUCACCCCUCGGAUUGGAGGUGUAUUUGUGCGGAUUUAAACAAUAACACAAAAACUAAAACUGGUCGCAUCCUCUCGCAGGAGGGGUGUUCUUUUAGGGGAUGACGCGUCGCUCGUUGGCGCCGAGAAGAGUCCACGACGUCGAUCUUCUGAGAAUCACGCGGAGUGAGACUCUUCCCCUGCCCCCCCCCCCCUUAGUUCGCGCACGUGCUCUGCCCCCCCCAUCUCCGCAGCCGUGCAUGUUCGUGUUGUAAUUUUACUCUCGCGUUUCCCUGCAGGAACCGGCAGGGAAAGAUCAGGUUGCGUUCGGUAACAGCCUUUGGUGGGGGGAGGAUGUGGUUUGUUACAGUUACAGGCAGUCCACAUCUCUCCUCCGCAGACAUUGGCUGUUGGCGGAAUAGAAGCAAUCAUAAUUUUGCUGUGUUUUAAAAAUAUAAAUUUUACAACGACAAAAAGUAUCAAAUAGUUCGAGAGUAUCCUCGUUUUUUUUUACGGCUCAGGCCGUUGCUCGUGUAAAGCCCCCCCGCGCGCGUUUUUUUGUGUACAUUUGUGUAUGAUGUACCGCAUUUCGUUUGCCAAAUUAUGAAAAAGGAGGCAUCUUUCUGUUUCUUGAUGGGGGAGGGAGGGGUUGGAAUGUCUGCGUUUGUACGGCUGCGAAAUAAAUAUAUAUACAUAUGAAGAAUAAAAACUAGACACAAACUGA